AUGCUGCGGCAGAACCCGCCAUGCCGUGUUCCCACUGUCCGCUUAUAUAGCGCAACGGAGCGCCAUGAACCGCAGGUAUUGGUGUGCUGGCUGGGCGAAUCAGCUGUAUUCCUGCGCGCAUCUUGCGUGUACGCGGUCGCUCGUGGGGAUUCCGUUCACCGGCUUGUUUCUUGUCUCGUCCCCGGCGUUCUUACGCUCGAUCUGCUGCAGCAGAAAACUAUCGUUCAGUGGAUGAACAUCACCACCUCUUUGCAAAGGAGUGAAAACCUAAGAAUCAUGGUGAAGAGCCAGGAGCGAAUCGGGACCUCCUUUCGUUCUCAAGGGAGCCUUUCAGCUCACGCACAAUUGCAAAGCGAGUGCCCCGUGUGCUUCGAGGAGGUGGCUGUGUAUUUCACAGAGGAGGAGUGGGCUCUGCUGGAUCCCGAGCAAAGGGCUCUUUACGAGGAAGUCAUGGUGGAAAACUAUAGGAAUGUGGCGUUCCUGGCAGAUGAGAGGAAACGAAGUACAGACUGUGGGGGAAGAUACAUGGAUUUGAAGGAUGAAACAGAAUCUGGAAAUGAAAAAAGACUACAGAGAAGUAAGAGCGAAGGAAACCAGAAGCAGACGACAAAAUCAUUGAGAACUCACCCAGGGGAGAAAUCAUAUGAAUGCUUAGAGUGUGGAAAGAUCUUUAGUCGGCAGGACAAUCUAGCUUCACACCAAAGGAUUCACACUGGGGAGACACCAUAUAAAUGCUUGGAAUGUGGAAAGAGUCUUAGUUGCAGCAAAAGACUUACUAUUCACCGGAGGAUUCACACAGGGGAGAAACCUUAUAAAUGCUUGGAGUGCGGAAAAAGUUUUGGUUGUUUCAGAUACCUAACUAUUCACCAAAGGACUCACACAGGGGAGAAACCAUAUAAAUGCAUGGAGUGUGGGAAAACUUUCAGUCAGAGCACAGGCCUUUCUUAUCACCUAAGGGUGCACACUGGAGAGAAACUGUAUGAAUGCAUGGAGUGUGGCAGGAGGUUCAAUCGAAUUGACAAGCUGAAUUGUCAUCGAAGGACUCACACAGGGAAGAAACCAUAUAAAUGCAUGGAGUGUGGGAAAACUUUCAGUCAGAGCACAGGCCUUUCUUAUCACCUAAGGGUGCACACUGGAGAGAAACCGUAUGAAUGCAUGGAGUGUGGCAAGAGCUUCAAUCAAAUUGACAAGCUGAAUUGUCAUCAAAGGAUACACACAGGGGAGAAAUUACACAAAUGCUUAGUGUGUGGAAAGAGCUUCAUGGAGAGAAGUAACCUCGCUUCUCACCAAAAGAUUCACACAGGUGAGGAACCAUAUAAGUGCUUGGAGUGUGGGAAGAGCUUCAGUAGGAAAAGAAGCCUCGCUGACCACCAAAAGAUUCACACAGGUGAGAAACCAUAUAAGUGCUUGGAGUGUGGGAAGAGCUUCAAUCAGAAAGGAAGCCUCACUCGCCACCAAAGGAUUCACACAGGUGAGAAACCAUAUAAGUGCUUGGAGUGUGGGAAGAGCUUCAGUUAUAAAAGAAGCCUCACAUACCACCAAAUGAUUCACACAGGUGAGAAACCAUUUAAAUUCCAGGGAUGUUGAAAGAGUUUCAAUUAGAAGAUGGACUUUCCUACUGAACGAGAGAUUCACACUAAGGAGAAAACAUAGAAGUGCGCUGAAUUUGGGCAGAGCACAGAUAUAGCACUAACCUCACUUCUCACCCGUAGAAAUGUUUGGAGUGUGAAAAGAGUUUCAUUUGCACUACAAGCUUUAUUGUUUACCACAGAAUCCACACAAAAACCGUGUAAAUGAAGGCUAUCCCAAUCCCAGAGCAGUAACAGUUUUCAUAUUUUUCACACUUGUGUCAGAAAUUCCAUCUAAAUGUUAUAAGUCAGUGUGAUGUAGGGAUUGGAGUGUCGGACUAGGGUCAAGGAGACCCAGAUUCUUUGCAAUUUGGAGAGCCAGUAUGGUGACAAGGGUUAGAAUGUGUGUUAGAGACUAGAGAACAGAAGGGUGGACUGGCUGCUGAACUUCUUAGGCAAAGUCCUGUUGGGCCUUCGUCCUGAGGCGCUGCUUCCCGGCCCAUUCUUACCUUUGCCUCCCCUGAAUUUCCCCGGGGUUGGCGUUUGUUUUCUUGGCAUUGGUUUUAACUCCUCCCAGAGUGUGCAUACAUCAAUAUUCUUAAUACUUUUUGUCUCACUGUAAGCAUUAGAUAUUGCAAAAAUCCGGCAAUGCGACCCAGACACUUAGCAUCACUGGUGAUGCUUAGAUUUGAAUUUUAUAUAAUUCUUCCUAUAUUUUCUGCAGCUGAUGACCCUUUCCCCCCUGCUCCCCCCCACAAGUGCCUACAUAGUGAAAAUCUGCUUGUUGCCUCUAAAGAAGCGGGCUCUAGUCCACAAAAACUUCUUCUGGAGUAAAACCUUCCUUUCUUAGGUGAUGCUAGACCCCUGCUUGGUUUUGCUACAGCUGACUUGCACAGCUCCGCCUCUGUUAGGCAAAGGGUUAGGCAAGCGCAGUAGUGAUCUCGAUCAGGCCACAGUGCCCCCCUUGUUUUGUACCCUUUAUCGUGGUUUGCACUGCCCUUCAGACACAGCCUCAAGUUGGUUCCCAGCUUCUUGUUUCUAGUUCCUUGUUCAUGAAUCCAACCACAAGUAUUAACAUUUUUAAAAGCUCUGCCCCUCCCCCAGGCUUUGGACCAGCCUGAAUCCUGCAGCCCCAUACGCUGGUUACCAUGGCCUGCAAAGUGGCACAUCACUGUGCCGAGUCUAAGCCCAGGUCUGGCACCAAGACCAAGAAAGUGAGAUGCUCCCAGAGGUCUGGAGUUUUGGCUGGGGAACUAUUUAUAUCCCCUUCCAGGGAACUUACAUCAGAAUAGUGCAGAGCUCUUUUUUUUUCAGGGAAGAGGGAUGGAAGACAUGACCAUUUUUCUGUCGGCUGGUUCAGUUGGGUACCAGUGAGAUGCUGCAGAAGGGCAGGGAAGGAGCUUCUGCUACUUCUCUUGAGCAUGCUUAGUAGCACUUAGCUGCACGAUCUGACAGGCACUGCCCCCUCCCUGAGCAAGAGCCAGUGGAGCACAGGGAGGAGGAAACCUCUGCAUGGGCAGCUGCUCUUUUUUGGAGAUAGGUUCGGAUGGGUCGCGUGUUUGGUACAGCCCAAGAGCAAGAUCCAGCUCCAAUAGCACCUUAAAGAGCAACUAGAUUUCUGAGCUAAGUGGUCUUUCAGGUCCUGUUAGAUCUGGAUUUGGCUCUUUCGUGGAUGAUGGCCGAGGUCACAUUUGUCUUGCUGAUCUUCCUGGGAAGAAGAGAGGGCUGUCCUCUCCCCCACCGGAAAUCAGCUUAUUUACUUGCUGCUGGGCCCAAUUCAAAGUGCCGGUUUUAACUCUGAGAGCCCUUCCUGACCGAGUUCCCUCUUACUUACCAAACUGGGUCUCCCAGUACACUCCCCUAGGCCAGGUACGCUCUUCGGACCACCUCCUCCUUCAGGUGUCCUCCCUUAAGACUGGCUCCACACAGCCCAAUGAAAUCGUGGGCCUUUGGGGGGGGCAGGCCCAGUCCUCUGGAGUUGCCUGCCAGAGCGGGUGAGGAGGGUGCCCUUCUUUGCUUCAUUUAGGGAGAGAUAUAAAGCGUUCCUCUUCCAGAGACCAUUUGGCGGAGGGUGAUUUUUUCUAGCAGAUCUGGCUAUGAGUCUAUAGUUGUGUGUUUUAAAUCUUGGGUUUGUUAAGCAGAAAUAUUUUAAAGUUGGAACCGUGUGUAUUUUAAUCUUAAGUUAACCUCUGGUUAAGCAGUUAAGCUCCAUCCCUCCCCACCCUAAAGCCUCAAAAUAAAAUGUGGUAACAGAACUCAAAAGUGAAUAAAGAAAGAAAUAUGAGCAAACAAAACCUUGAGAAGGAAAAAAUGAAGGCAAACACUUCAAAAAAGCUUCAGGAAUUCUUCCCAGCCCUGCAGCAGGCAGCAGAGAAGAAGAGUGCAACAUCCAAAGUGGCUGCUGAAAACAGCAAGGGUAAGAAUAAACUACCCAACUUAUCUAGUUCAGCAGACCCAAUACUAGCCAGAGUGCUUGCUCAGUUGGAGCAAAAAAUUAUGAAUAAAAUCUCAACUAUUCUGCAACCCUUUGAGGAGCAACUUGCUGAAAUAAAAUCAGCUAUAGACAAAGUAGCACAAAAGGCUAAUCGUGCCCUUAUAUUAAGCAAUUCACUGCGAUCUGAAAUAGCCAUUUUAAAACAAGAAAAUAAACAGCUACAAGAAAGACUAUUACAAUUGGAAAUCCAUACAAAACAAUCUAACCUUAAAUUCAGAAAUUUUGAUGAGAAGAUACCUGAUAAUGCAGAUCUACCCUCCUUUUUAGAAUCAUGGCUGUCACAGUUUUCUCCUGGGGUCACAAAAUAAUGCAAAGUAUAAUAAACCAAGAGAUAUAUUAGCCACAAUCCCAGACUGGAAGACAAGGAGCAAAAUACUAGAAAUAGCAAGAAAUAAAGGAUCAAUCCCCUACAAAGGGACAAAUAUUCAAAUCCUUACAGACUUGCCAUCCACAAUAUUAAAGAAAAGAAAAGAACUCAGAUCUACAACAGAAGCAUUGAGAAAAGCCCAAAUAAAAUAUAAAUAGACUAAUUAUACACAUCUUCAAGUCAAAAUACAAGCUACAAUCUACCAAGUUUUAGAUCAGGAAGCUGGAAAGACAUUACUGCAAGAUCUUGGCAUUGAGACUUUUUCA